AUGUCCAAUGGACUUAUCGAGGACCUGGCCACAGCUGUUGUGCAUCGAUUUAUCUGCUACAAUGUUACCGGCAAGAAGGAGGCGAAUAAGGUCAGUGAGGUCGAACUUUUUCUCCUCUGGGCGAUGCGCGCGGGCGUGCGGGUGUGCUCGAUGACUUUCCUACAGAACUCCUUACAGGAGAUUGCCCUCACUCGACGCGGACUACCGGCACUGGGGCACUUCGUUACCGCACUCGCGAACCAUUUCGACAUCACCCCAGAAGCCUACCGACUUCAUGGUGAGAUAGCGCUUCAGGAGCGGUCUGAGAUGCGAAGUCUCAACUACAACGAGCUCAAGCAGGCCGACCUCAUUCGGAACCGGACUACGGUUAAGCCGUACACAAAGCGCACCGCCUACGACACCUAUUUCAAAAAGCUCCAGCAGGGUCAGCCUAAUUCCGAUCCGGCA